AUGGCAACAAGCGAUGAUGGACGACUGGUCACACAGCCAGAGGACCAACCUGCCGACUCUACUAGCCUGGACCUCCCCCGACGUGCUUGUGACGAGUGCCGCAGAAUGAAGAUCCGUUGCAUCAACAAAGAAAACCCACCAUGUUAUCGGUGCCGCUCCAUGAAGCUUACUUGCGAGUUCAAUGCCGGGCCGGCAAUCUCACGCGGGGGCGUUGAGCAAACCGAAGCCUUGAAGUCUACCAAUUCCCGACUCCAGGCUCUGGAAGACAACAUGGGCGGAGUUACACAAAAGCUCGAUGACAUCUCCACGGCUCUACACCGCAUAGCGGCAUUGUGUCCCCCGAUCGCACCACCGUCCGCGGCGGUGACCGAACCCACAUUCUCCCCGCAUUCCUCCACAUCCAUUGGAUCAGCUUCCUCGGCAGCGUUCGGUAUGUCUGAUUUGGCGAUACCACCUGCAAAUCGGCCAACCAUGCGCACUUCCUCGUUGUCAGCUAGCGUCAGUGCUGGCAUGCUAUUGCGAGACGAGGACGACACUGAGGGCCAUGAUCCCGUCGAGAUGGCCAUGACAUUCGAACCGUUCCGCCAGCUUACGCGGCUGGAAGAGGAACGUCGGCUGGCCGCAGACGGGUGCUCGCCAGGGGACAGCGUGAGGGCUAAACGGAAGCGUUCCGAGGCUGAACCAGACGACAUGUCGCUGGACCGCGGGCCGAUUCGCGACCGUGGUUAUUCCCUUGCCAACCAAAGGGAUCCCGUCUCAUUGGGUUACUGUUCUGAACAGGAGGCCAAGACGCUGUUCGAUGCGUUCUUCAAACACGCACAUCCCUUCCUGCCCAUUCUUGACCCAAGAGUCGACACAUGGGAGAGCUUACGUCGGCGCUCCCCGUUCGUUGUGACCGCCAUUCUCUGGGUGGCAUUACGGGCGCGGGAUGGCUGUCGACAACAAUCGGCUCUCACACAGCAGUGCAAGGAUCUCGCGGAGAUGAUGGGUGAGUUUUGGUAUACUUCUCUCGCCGCUGACCCUGUAGCCCGCUUCACGCUCUUCUCACCGAUUGCCACGCUGGAGACGGUUCAAGGCCUAACGCUCCUGACAGCAUGGGGUGAACAUGGAUGGCGCACAUGCUGUCAUGCGAUGGCUCUUGCUGUCGACAUGCGACUCUACCGCUGUCUGCAGCACCUCCAAGAAACGCGCCUAAACUCGCCAAGGGAGGAGUGCAUGUCUGAACGGCAGCAGCAAGUGGUUGCGGGAGCACGGCUGUGGCUUGCCGUUACGAAACAGAGCUACGAAAUGUCGUACAACCACGCCCUUCCCGUGCAAUUCGCUGAUGCCGGGAAUGAGAGGACCAUGUUCAAACGCGAAUUCCUUGACCACCCACUUUCCAACGUGUAUGACAGCCGGUUAGUCGUUUCUUGCGAAAUCCUGGAGGUGCGAGAGUGCAUCUUUCGACCAUAUGCGCGAGCAGGUUCCUGUGGAGUCGAGGAGAUGGACUCUAUGCUGCGAAAAGUCAACAAGGGUUUGGACACCGUCUACUCGUACUGGUUGGACUAUUACCGUGAGAAUAAAAACCACUUUUUGGUAAACGAACUUGGCAGCCAAAAGGCAUAUACGACCGUCUUUUCCAAUUCCGUCGCAUGGUACGGUGUGCGCACCAAGAAUGACGUUGUUCUCCUCUCCGCCGAACGUCGUGAAUGGCUUGCCUCUGCCAUGCGUUCUGCCGCAUAUGCCUUGUCCUCCAUCGGCGGCGGCAAGCAGCAAAAGGAUUCGGAAUAUGGAAACCACAACUUUCAUGUUGUUAUUGUGGUCACGGCCCUGUACCUUAUCCGCAUGAUCGAACUUCUUCCAGAUGUUUGCAAUCGUUACGAAGUCAGCCUUGACAUGGACAAGCUGCUGCUCAAGCUUCCAGAUUAUCCCGCGCACCCCUUUGGUGACCUCUUGUCGGCUUCCGUCGCGAAAAGCAGGCGAGACGGUGUACUUCCAUUCACGGUCGACAGUGACGAGGUUGCUGCAAUUACACCCAACCUCGCAGAGGCGUGGCCCACCGACACUAUUCCUUGGAUGAGUGAAGGCAACAUUCAAGACGCCGACUUGGGCAGCUUUGCCAACGCCAUAUCGUCUGCAACGUGGCCUACCGACUUUGAGCUCUGGAUAUCAGGACUGGGUGAUGCGUAG